GUUAAAGUGUAUAUCCUUCUAGAUCAGUCUUCAUUUUCCCACUUUCUGAAAAUGUGCAGGGAUCUGGGAGUUGACCUGGAACAGGAAAAGUUGAUGAGAAUUCGAAAUAUCACUGGGAACACAUACUACACGAGGUCGGGCGCCAAAAUUGUUGGAAAAGUCCGUGAAAAGUUCAUGUUAAUUGAUGGCAUUAGAGUGACAACGGGCUCCUACAGUUUUACGUGGACAGAUGGGAAGCUGAACAGCAGCAACAUUUUGAUCCUGUCAGGCCCCGCAGUUGCACACUUUGACCUGGAAUUUCGCAUUCUUUAUGCACGGUCAAAGCCUAUCAACCUCAAAGAGUUAUCCAGCUGCCGGAAGAAUAAGGUGUUGGACCAGCUGGUCAGGAUAACAGUGGCUUCCAGAGACUUGACCAGGGAAAACUUCCUGAGAAUGGAGUUUUUGUAUCUUAGAGCAUUUGCAGGAAAUCUAAAAAGGAAGCGAAGCUGGCUGCAUGCCUCAAGGGAGGCAGUCUACGUGUCAAAUAAUGCAAUGCAUGCCUCUCCUCCACUGACUAAGAGGAACGGCUCUCUAGUUAUGAGGCCACACUGGAUCAUAGAGAGAUGAAUUGCACGUUCACUCCGAGCGAGCAGCAGAACCUCAGGAACCAUGUCCAGCCGUCCAUGUCCAGUACUGUCUUACAGUAGGUUUGUGAGAGCAGCUGGGAAACAAACCUCGAACUGCCAGAAAGUGAUACUGGAAUUGUGGUUUCGUUUGAAGACCACCAUAACGCAGAUCAACAGAUACAAUUAUGGUACUGUCUUAGGCUCAGAUGUGUUCUUAAAAAAACCUCAUAACACCUGGAAAGCCAUUAUUGACUUCUAGUAUUCUGUCAGAUUUUCAUUUUUCCAUCUAUUCUUACAUGUUUUAAGCUGACGGGUUAGCAGUGUCUUAGCUCAGUAGCUCAAACUGUUUUUUUAAGGAAUCUAGAUAUAGAAAAUAAUAUUGCUUAAAGGUCUUCCAAAGAUGAAUAGCAGGACUGCUGUAUGGCUCUGAAAUCAGUCUAAGCUUAGUCUUGUGUUGCACGAACUCCCCACGAACUGUUUCAUGACACAGAACUGAAGUGGAGUAACCAUAAUCUAGAAACUAGUAGAUCAGUACUGUGCUACUAGUCCUCAAAUGUCACAUUUUCUUUACACGAAGCUGUGCUGCUAGGCAGAACGAGCUAACGUGUCAGGCAAACAAGGCUUUUGCAAUGCCUGAAUUUCAAAUGACCUUUUUUCUUUAUAAGAAUACUUGGAUUGUUGGACAUCAUGCAAUAAAUGUGUGCAAGGGAUAGUAUUCCUGAGAACCUGCUAUGUUUGUAGUAGAGCCAAAUGAGACCGUUUUCUUGGCAUUACUAUAUAUACGUUUUGGUUUCUCUAUGGUUGCUACUGCUGUCUGAUCUUACAGGAAAAGUCGAGUAGAUCUGAAAUCUGUGAAGCUGCUGCUGCUUCUCAAAAGCCUUACUUCCACCGGACAUGCAAUAACAUGAAAGUCAGAA